UGCUUAGCUUAACUAGGCUAGCUAGACAUGUUUAAUGUUGACCGUCUUGACUUUCGUAGCACUGCACUUUUAUCGUGCUGCCAAACCUGAUAGAUAAUUAACAGCCGCGUUUUUCCUGUACUUUAUAUAUAUAUAAAGUUAUUUUUAAAUGUUUCUGGGGUUGCCUGUAUCAACUUUAUCCCAAUAAAUUUGUGUUGUCGGAGUCAAAACAAACAGGGCUGCCUCACAUCUUUCUUUGCUAGCGAAUAUCCACCUUCAAAGUUGAUAAUUAAACAAGGUUUGCUUGUUGCCAAAAGUACAUUUCUAUUAGACAAUGAUUAAAGACGUUUUAUGAGUCAUUUUGUUCAACUCUUUUAUUCGGCAUGCCUAUAAAACAUACUAAUAGUCCACUAACAUUACUUGUACAUGUUACUUCCUUCCUUCUUGUAUGUAGGCGAUUUGGACAGAAUGCAUUGUGGGUUAAGUUAUUUCUAGUCUGCACGUUGACGUCCAUGAAUUUGUGUCUUGAUGUAUUUUUUUUUUAGCUAAUAUAACUAUGUAAGAUUACUUCACAUUAAGUGAAUGAUGAUGAAAGAGAAAAGGACAUUAACUAAAACCUGUGGGUCAGCUCUACUACAGCUACUACAUCAAGAUGCCUGUCCAUUGCAGUAGCUGUGUUGACAAGCGCGCCGUGCUGAAACGUCCAAAGACAGGCCACUCGCUGUGUAAGGAGUGCUUCUUCUGGGCCUUUGAGGAGGAGGUGCAUCAGACGAUUGUAGAAGCAAAGCUGUUCAAACACGGGGAGAUAAUAGGAAUUGCGGCCUCGGGUGGAAAGGACUCCACAGUGCUCGCGCAUGUGAUGAAGCUCUUAAAUGAGCGGUACAACUAUGGCCUUGAACUUAUGCUUCUCUCGGUGGAUGAGGGAAUCACCGGGUACAGAGAUGACUCCUUGGAGACAGUGAAGAGGAAUCAGCAACAGUAUGAGCUGCCACUGAAGAUUGUGUCGUACGAGGAGCUGUAUGGCUGGACUAUGGAUGCUAUAGUGAAGCAGGUGGGACUGAAAAAUAACUGCACCUUCUGCGGGGUGUUCAGGAGGCAGGCGCUGGACAGAGGAGCCAUCAUGCUGAAGGUCGACAAGAUAUGUACAGGUCACAAUGCCGACGACGUGGCGGAGACAGUGUUGAUGAACAUCUUGCGUGGGGACAUAGCUCGUCUGCGCCGCUGCACUGCCAUCUCCACAGCCAGCGAAGGCGAAGGGGUUGUGCCGCGCUGCAAGCCGCUCAAAUAUGCGUAUGAGAAAGAGAUCGUUCUGUAUGCUUACUUUAAAAAGUUGGACUACUUUUCCACUGAAUGUAUCUACUCUCCCAAUGCUUAUCGAGGGUAUGCAAGGACCUUUUUAAAGGACCUGGAGAGUGUGAGGCCUAGCUCCAUAAUUGACGUCAUCCACUCAGGGGAGAACCUGUCUGUGCGGGAAGGGGUGAAGAUGCCUGUGCAGGGAACCUGCAACCGCUGUGGCUACAUCUCCAGCCAGGCUCUGUGCAAGUCAUGCGUGCUGCUGGAGGGGCUGAACCGAGGUCUGCCGAAGCUGGGCAUAGGCAAACACCACCGCCUGCAUGACAAACUCCUCUCCCAGCAGCCCCUUACUGAGAAGGAGGAGAGAAAGCUGAAAUCAGAAGACUUUUGACAAAUAUUUUGCCCUGUUUUAUUUACCAUAGGACAGAAGACAUGACAUUUUUGAAAUAAACCAUGAUUGUCAUAUUUUACACAGGAAAUGACUAGUGUAAUUUCAUCAAUUUAAUAUUUAUUGAAAGUUUGUAUGGAAUAUUUUAAUUUGGUUAAACUGAGAAACAUUUCAGCCCACGUGAAGCUUCUUCAAAGCAUAGGAAGUCCGUUCACUGCUGUUUUACAUCUGCUAACUUCACUGAGAUGCUAUGGAAACAUUCUUUCAAAUGGUUUUAAUUUUGUCUGAACAUAAGGUCAUAUUUAAUAAUAAAUGAAUGGUAUGUGUGUCCACUUUUUGUCAUAUUUGCCUUUGUGUAUUAAGCAUGACGAUGGGAGAUGUUUGACAUUUUUCAGUUUCUUUGAAAGCUUCGAUACCAACUUGUGUUGAGGAAUCAGCAUCACUUGGUUUCCAAAUUACUGGAUAUUUAAAACACACAUGCUUUAAAUAAAACUUAAGUUGUGUCCACCUACAGAAGGCGUGCGAGAUGCAGGGACAAGGAAUUGCAACUUUAUUUUGUUUUUUUAAAGAGAUGGUUCAUGUUUGAAUGAAUUAAUAUCACAUUCCAAUGUGUUUUAUGAACUAUGAUUUAAUAAAUGCUUUGUUUUCUUG